GCACUCAGCCAUUCUGCGUCAGUGCGUCCACAGUCCACACUAUUUAAAGCGAUACGCAGUCUUCAUUUCCCAAAACUGAAGUAAAAUUCAAAUCACUCCCGCCAAGAUGAAGAACCAUCAAACUCCACAAAAGGAGCACCCGCGCUCUCUCGAUCUCGGCAAUCGCAGAUCUAAGGAAUCUCAGUCGAAGAAGCCACAGAAGAUCGCCAAGAAAAGCUUGAGUUCUGCGUUCAGCAAAACAGAUGAAUAUGUUUCAGACCCUGAUGAUUCCAGCGAGAUCAAUGAUAGCUUUGUGUCAGAAUUGAAUAGUGUUAUCUCAGCUUCACCAGAAACUUCAUUUCUCACUGAUCUCACGCCAACUUCAAAGCCCACCACCAAGGACAAUGAACAAGUGGAGUUUUCUGCAAUUAAUCUCGCAAUAGAUGCGUCAAAUGGCUUCUCAGUAGAGGCUGAAAUUGUGGCAAAUCUUCUCAUAGAAGCAAGAUCUCAGGUCUUGAACUCAAUUGGUGCAGAUCAGCGAUCCAAGAGGCUUCUGGAUGCACUUGUUAAUAUUGUCGUAGAUGAGUUCUCCACUCUGCCUGAGGAGAAAGACUUGCGCCUUCAACUUGUUUCUAAGAAAGCCGGGCUAUUAUGUUUUAUGUUUUGGUCGGUCCUAGCAAUUGUUGCUCUGUUCUUCCUCGGUUCUGUAGCUCAAGGAACUUCUGCUCGGCCUCUGUCUACUUGAGCCAUUGCAUGGAAAAAGAACGUGGAGACUGGUCAAGAUUGUUGACAGUUUGAAUGUCCCCACAAGAUUCCAAUCCUGUUCCUGGUAAUAAAUCUUCAUUUAUGACUUUGGAUUCUUGGUGGUUAUACGGACAUGGCAAAGUACAUGGUAGAUAUCUAAUAUUUGAAUGCUUUUAUGAUGUCUGAUUGUUGCUAUUCCAGUUUAUGGACUUUUUGGUAGAUAUUUGUGAAUUUGUACUUUUUUUUUGGGGGUAGUUGCCAUGAGUAAGGAGUAUAUAAUUCAAAGACAUUUAUGCACUCUUAUUAUGAUAUGCACACAUGUAAUAUUAUUGAAUACAUGCCACACAUUUAAAUAGCGUAAUAAGUGUUGCUUGCCAUGAAUAUAUAUGCAAGUAUGCAACCUGUCUAGCACAUGAUCAUGAAUAUAUCGUGGACUUUUUCUUCCGGUAUUAUUAGAGGCUGUCGUCUACAGACAUGGGAUUGCAGUUACAGAUUGUCUUUUUGAGUUAUUUUCAUUGAAAAUCUUUGUGAUUUCUCCUGUGAAAUGCAUUUUGUGCUUUAUCCUGCAAAAUUCAGCUCACAGUUCAAUAAACUUAAACAGAGUUUCUAUUUAAAAAAGUAUUUGGUGAAUAUAAUGGUGCUUCCAUAGAUUGGAACUUGUAAGUAGUGAAUUUUUGGGCCUAGGUCACUUCUCUUUACAUAUGUUUUGAUUCCUACAUUAACAUGCAUGCUUGAUUAUGAACUGAGGCGAGCCUUGUGUAUCAAACUUAGAUUUAAGUUGAAUUUGACUUCCAAAGAAAGUGGGUUUUUGGUUUGUAAUCUGGUGCUUUUCAUUAUGGGGAGACUACUAAGGUGUUUAAGGUCUAAAACAUUUUGAGAACAGAAUGACAGAAUAGUGUUGCUAAAAUCUCCUUCUCAACGUUAUAUGUUGUUUGAACCUUAAUCAAAUUAUUAUCAAGUUGGCCUGGUCACCUCACCGGACAUUGCUUUGUAUAUCUGAAGAAGGGGUAGAUGAUACCCCAUGCUAUAUUGCUAUUAGAUUUUUAUUUAUUUAUUUAUUUUUAAUUUAAUCUAAAUCUAUAUGCAAUCGGUGCCACACUUUCUGGCGCUGCUUAAGAAUCUUACCCUUUUCGUUGCUCUUCACUGUGUCACACAGGAGAGGCAAUCACCCUGGAGUAUAAUAAUCCCCUUUUAGUGAUUUAGAUUUUGUGAACAAUAUUUUAAUUUUUUUCCCCAGUUUUCUUGUCCCCAAAGUGAGUUCCGAGACACAU